GAAAAGGAAAGAAGGCAUUUCUUGAGAAGGACGGCCAAACGGAUAGACGACUGGACGGAGGAGCGCGUCAAAAUUUGGAAGAUGGACGGCGGAGCGGGGAAGAGGGAGAGGGUGGUGCAUCCGGCAAUCGAGCCUCUGUCGUAUCUUCUCGGAACUUGGAGAGGUGAAGGAGAAGGCGGUUUCCCCACCAUAUCCUCCUUCGCUUAUGGCGAAGAGCUCAACUUCACUCAUCCUGGAAACAAACCUGUAAUAGCUUAUUCUCAAAAGACAUGGAAAUUGAGUUCUGGAGAGCCUAUGCAUGCUGAGAGUGGGUACUGGAGGCCAAAGCCUGAUGGAACCAUUGAAGUUGUUAUUGCUCAGAGUACUGGUCUCGUUGAACUUCAGAAAGGAACAUAUGAUGCAGAAAAGAAAGUUGUGAAGCUUCAAAGUGAGCUUGUAGGAAAUGCUUCUAAGGUGAAAGAGAUAUCUCGGGUUUUUACUAUGGUUGAUGAAGAGUUAUCAUAUGUGGUUGGAAUGGCCACCAGUUUAACCACUCAUCAGCCACAUCUCAAAGCAUCACUCAAGAAGAUCUAAUCUUGUUUUCCACUUCAAUUCUAUUUAUAUGUACAAGAUCACAAUCAUUCAGUCAUGUCCGGAUCAAACCAGUUUUUUAACUUGCAUUAUGUCAUAAUAA